AUGAACCAAAUCCUUCGACUGUCCUCGCACUCUAAGAAGGAGGCCAAGCUCGCAGAGCAGAUUCAAGCCUUCGGCACUCUCUUAGACUCCUUCGGCAACGCCAAGACACUCAUGAACCCCAACGCAUCACGCCACGGUCGUUACCUCGAACUCCACUUCAACGAGCGUGGCAGAAUAAGCUCAGCCAAAGCGUUGACAUACGGCCUAGACAAGACCCGCCUGAACCACCUCACUUUCGAAGAGCGCUCAUACCACGUAUUUUACCAGUUCCUCGCUGGGGCUACUGUGGCUGAGAGGGACCACUUUGUCUUGGAAGACCCAUCGGAUUACGCCCUCCUAGCAUCUUCAGGCACUUACCGCCUCCCCUCCGGUCCUUUCAGCGACGAUGCCAUCGGCAUGAGCGACCUGCGCGCUGCCAUGCGAACCCUGGGCUUCAAACCGAAACACAUGACCUCUAUUUUUAGCCUCCUCGUAGCCAUUCUCCAACUUGGGAAUCUUCAGUUUACAGAUGGCGAUGCAUCAGAUGUACCAGCCUACGUCUCCAACGCGCCAGUGCUCGACCAAGUAGCUCGCUUGCUCGGCGUAGCACCCGAAGAGCUGAGCCAAGUUCUCACCAACAAGACAAAUUACGUGCGCAAGGAGCUCUACACCGUCAUCCUCAACGCUCAGCAGAGCUCGGCACAGCGAGACCACCUCGUCCGAGACCUCUACGCCAUCCUCUUCCAAUUCAUAGUCGAAACGUCCAAUCACAGACUAGCACCUAGCUCAAAGGACCCCCUCCCCUCUACCCAAAUCAUCCUCCUCGACCAAGCGGGGUACCAAACCCGCGGUCCGGCAGGGACGACAUCCAUCUCUCUCACGGGCGCCACGCCCCUCAUAUCUGCGUACGGACAAAACGGGUUUGACGAGUUUUGCAUCAACUUUACUGAUGAGCUGCUCCAUUCAUACGUCCAGCGGAACAUCUUUGAGGAUACAGUAGGACCAAACGUGCAGAUGGUCAAUGACGGCGUGACGUUGCCUGCUAUUGCCACCAUGGACAACGGGGCGUGCGUUGAGCUGAUCAGGGGCGCGCAGUUGAGUGAACGGGCGCAGAGGAAGCCGGGGGGGCUGUUGGGUGUCCUCAACAAAGCUUGUUCGUCGUACAAGUCUGGUAAAGGCGGGGAACAGCGCGACGAUGAUCUUUUGCAAGAGCUCAAUUCGCGGUUUGGGGUUCAUAAUUCGUACGUUGCGUCUACGUCUGGAUCAGCAGCGGACAGGACGUUGUUUGGGAUCAACCACUAUGCGGGGCAGGCUUCGUAUGACGUUAAGCAGUUCGUGGAGAAGGAUGUGGAUUUGUUGGACUCGGCGUUUGUUACGCUCCUACGCAACUCUUCUGACCCGUUCGUUUCCAAGUUG